AUGGUUGAACACUUGUUGCAACGCCGUCAUCUUGUGCAACCCGUGUUGCUACCUGCUCCUCGAGCCGGCCGCCCCAGAAAAAGUGUUUCUUUGGGAACUCUAGAGCGCCAUCCUACUGAUGUCGACGCGCAGCGUGAGAUGGACAACACGACUCCGUUGCUGAUCGAGGAUGCGUUGCCGGCCGUGACGGAAACAUCCGAUGCAUGCCCGAAAUCUCCCAUCUCGCAUGAAGUAUACUCUCAUCAGGAUACAUCCACUGUCGAGCCGGUUACCACGACCCUACAACCGAUCAAGAGGAAGGCUAAUACUAAGGAAGGCCCGAGACGCUCUCCCAGCGAGACCAUACUCGAACCUUCCGUGCAGAGACCCAAGCGUGCAAAAAGAGCGCCUGCUCGCUUCAAGGAUUUCGUGAAGUUAUAAGCUGGAUGCUGAUCAGCUCAAUUUACCAAUUACGACAUGGAAAGAAGGCCUGAGCAAACUUACUGCUUAUUGCGAUAUGUGUUCGCCUAGGCAACCAGGUCGUGAUGAAUUGCAAAAUGUCAACUGUCUAAUCGACAGUAUCUAUCAGA